AUGGGAGUUUACGAGGAAGCAAAGGCGCGCAUAACAAGUCUUCAGUGUCGAGUACAGCGCGUAUACGAGGCCGGGGAAGCAUUGGGAAAUGAUUCUUCAAACAAGUUGGCCAAAACUAAAUUUAAAAUUAUGUUUGCGACAAUAGAAAAUUUAUAUUCGGAUUUUGAAACGCAAUUAAUGGUAAUAAUACGUCACCAAUGUAAAAGUACACCCGUGGUAGAUGCUAUCGACACCGAUAGUGUGCGUGCUCUUUUUGAGGAGAAGUAUAUCGGAUGUAAAAUAUUUGCGGACGAAUACUUACCGGAGGCAGUUGUCGACGAUUCGCUCAACAAAACAUUUUUUGAAUCAAAAGCUCUCAGCGCCUCACAACCCUAUCACCCGAUCGAAAAAUUAGCAGUACCUAAAUUUGGUGGAAACCCUAUGGAAUAUACCAGUUUUAGGAAUAUGUUUGACAAAUUAGUUGGUGAAUCUAAUAUGUCGCCAGUGGUGAAGUUUGGUUACUUGAAAUCUUAUUUGGUGGGAGAACCAUUAAGUUUGGUAUCUAAUCUCAUGUUGACUGAUAGCAACUACGAACUAGCUUUGGCGCAGUUAACUGAUCGUUAUUCAAACCGCCGUGUUAUCGCGGAUAGUCACAUUGAAGCUCUAUUUAACGCGCCAAGAGCAACCUUCGGUGAUGGUAGUUCUAUAAGAAAACUACUAAAUGUAAUUUUAGAAUCAACGGGUGCUCUCCAAAAUCUAUCGUAUGCAGUAGAUCAAUGGGACCCCAUUCUACUACAUCUAUUACAAAAGAAAUUAGACAAUUAUUUAAGAGCGCAAUGGGAACUACUAGUAGAUACCUCCGAGGACCCAUCUAUGAAGGAGUUUACCACGUUCUUAACAAAAUACUGCAAAUCAGCUACCGUAUCGCAAGGAAGUGUCAAGGUAACCACAAAAGGACUCAAACCAAACAAAUCUAUCACAUUAUUCAGCAGCCAACCAGAACGAAAGCUUGAACAGGGAAGGAAGAAUAAGUCAUUUUCCUGUCCUGUCUGUAAUACACAACCGGGUCACUUGCUGAUAAACUGUCAAUCGUUCAAAGAUAAAACACCAACCGAACGGCAUCAAACAAUCAAGGAAUUGAAAAGAUGUUUUAUCUGUUUCAGUGCGCACAUGGCCAGUGAAUGUAAAAACCAACGAAACUGUUCUACGUGUGGGGGUAAGCACCAUACUCUACUGCAUUUGGAAAAAACCGAACCGAACGUUACCACGACCCAUUUAACCGUUGCGGCUGCAGAAACAAAAGGUUAUCAUACGUCCGUUUUAUUAGCGACAGCCUCUGUAGUUCUGCAAAACAAAAAUGGUCAAUCGGUUACAGUAAGAGCACUACUUGACAGCGCAAGUCAAAGUAGCUUUGUCACUGAACGUUGUGUCCAGCUUUUAGGCUUAAAAAGAGAAAAGUGUGAUGUAACCGUUCAAGCGUUGUCCGGAGCUGAAGUCCCAGCGGUAAGAGGAAGAGCUAAUGUCGAAGUACGACCGGUCGACCAACAAAGUCCCAUGUUCAGCAUUGACGUUUUAAUUCUAACGCGUAUUACUGGACCAGUUCCGUCGAAAAGAGUGUGGAAUCAUUCAUGGCCACACAUCAAAGGUUUGAAGUUAGCCGAUCCAUCGUUUGCCGAAGCGUUACCAGUUGAUGUCUUGCUCGGCGCUGAUGUCUUUCCACAGCUUCUCUUAGGCGACAAGGAAGAAGGUGAGGUAGAUGAACCGAUAGCGCUAUCUACGGUGUUUGGCUGGGUUUUGAUGGGUAAAACGACCAACGGUCCAAAACAACAAAUUAUCACCUUAUGUUCGUCUGAAUCCGUAAAUCAUACGUUACAACAAUUUUUCGAGAUCGAAGAAGUUCCAAAAGUUGAGAAAAAUAACCCAGCCGAUUUAGAGUGUGAGCAAAUUUAUCAAACAACCACAACACGACAACAAGAUGGACGAUACAUAGUGCAUCUUCCGUUCACACGAAAUCCCCCUCUCCUUGGGAAAUCCAGAGACGUAGCGCUGCAUCGCUUACGAAGUUUGGAAAAUAAGUUCAAAAAAUCACCAGAACUUCAUAAAGAGUACAAUAUGGCAAUGUAUGACUACUUAGAAACAGGUCACAUGUCCGCUGUAGUGAAAAAAUCCGACGGUGAAGAAAAUAUGUAUUAUAUCCCACACCAAGCUGUAUUACGUCCGGAAAGUACUACUACUAAAUUGCGGGUCGUGUUUGAUGCGUCCGCAAAAACUUCUUCGGGUCACUCAUUGAACGACAAUCUUUAUUGCGGUCAAAGAUUACAGCAGGACUUACCGGGAAUUGUUUUACGUUUCCGACUUCAUUCUGUUGUUUUUACCGCUGACGUAAAACAAAUGUUCAGACAAAUUGUUGUGACCGAAGCUCACCGACCGUACCAACGCUUGCUUUACCGGUUCUCUUUGGAUGAACCAGUUCAAGAAUAUCAAAUGAACACGGUAACUUUUGGACAAAAGUCAUCUCCAUUUCUCGCCAUCCGCACUCUGCAUCAGUUGGCAACUGAUGAAGCAGUAAAUGAACCACUUGUACAAACAGUUGUUAAACGUGAUUUGUAUGUAGAUGACAUAGCAACCGGAGCCGAAAGCGAAGAAGCUGCAAUAGAUCUGCAGAAAAAACUCGAAAACACGUUUGCAAAAGGUCACUUUGAGUUACGCAAAUGGUCAAGUAAUUCCGACAAAUUACUGAGUAACAUUCCACUCGAUCACCAACAAACACUACCAGUGACGUUUGAAGAACAUGAGUUGACAUAUACCAAAGUCUUGGGACUAAAUUGGGAUCCGAAGGUUGAUUCACUAAGCUACAAAUAUCAACCCAAUCCGGUUAAAUACAGCAAGCGAGCUAUUUUAUCCGAGAUCGCUAGAAUCUAUGACCCUCUAGGUUUAUUGGCACCAGUAACCACGGUUCUAAAACGUUUGAUAAAAUAUCUAUGGGUCUUGAAAGUUGACUGGGAUGACAUUUAUACCCGAAGAUGCUAA